CCGUAGAAGCAGCAGGCGAGACGGUUUACCACUGGCGCAUUUUACUCAGCCAUCGAGCGUCCGUGAGAGAGAACCUCUCGCGUUUCCAACGUCACUGGUUCUUUCGUAAAUAUUGAGGAAAGUCACAGUCCAGUCACCGAAGGAUGGGCAUAUUCCGCGAGUUCCCUAUCGUGUUCAAACUCUACAAGAAGUACAGCUAGUCUGGACCGUGGACGAGCAAGCCGGCGUGUGUAACACCAUCGUUCCUAUAUACGUGCGAAUUUAUGUGGCGGACCGCCGUGACACGACUGUCGUCCCCUAUCGUUCGUGUAAACACCCGAGAGAGCCAAGAAGGAAUCAACGGAUAGUCACUGUGCUUUGACCACCCAGAACGUAAACAAUCGCGGGAACAAUACCAAAGACAAGUGUGAAUACCAUGAGCGCUACCGAAGCAAUAGCAACCGGCAGGAUGUCGAAUACUGCAGGACUGAUGGAAACGGAUGGUGUAUCAAACAUGCUCAAAGAUGGAAGUAAAAACGGUCCACCGUUGCUGUUUCGGCACGCAUCCAUGCAGAGGAUCCGCCAUUGUUGCCAGAAUCUGAAUCUCUUCCCGUAUCUACUGUACUCGUUCGAGAACUCCAAGUCCCACCCGAUCGCCCGUAAGGUCCAUUUGUACUUCGGUCUGAUCCUCCAAGGUGUCACAGCCCGAAUCUUCGUCCUGUACAAGACCAUCAGACAGUCCCUGGUCCGUGGUAUCCGUCAGGAUGACCAUCAACAGCAGCUCCAGGAGUCCACAGAUGUCAGCAACGCCACUAGCAAAGCGACAGUCAGGAUCGAAAGGUUCGGCCGACGGAAACGGAACAAACAGUGCCCCCUGUUCCUAACCGUAGCUAUUUAUUUCGCGCCGUUGAUAUUGCUCUGCCAGACGAUUGGACUGCUAGGUCUGAUGGUGCUCAGCAAGUACACACCAGGCUUCAUCUUCCUCACUUCCGCCCUGCUGUUCCUCGGCUGUAUCUCGUUGAAGAUCCUCUUCCACGAGACGGUCGAGCACACCGCCAAAUACGAAAAGAACAAAGUGCAAUGAACCCGCCACCAAUCGACUGUUCCGCCGUUUACAUACCGCGAUUAGACUGUUCAACGGGUAGCUAGUAGACCUGACAGACUAUUGAGAGUCUCUCUUGGCCUCCUUUCCAAUAGUUGUUCCCAACUUGGACACCUUGAACGGUAAUCCCCGCCGAUACGUUUAUCGCUGUAACGAUCUAGCUGGUCGAUGCAACCACCCCCGUGUCUCUCCGUCAACCGUUUCGAUGGCUUCUUCGUAGUUAAGGUCUCGGGUAGCGGCCCCCCAUCGGUCGGCUUGCCAGUUCCACGAACACAUAUCUUCCGUUUUCUUUUUUUUUUUUUUUUUUUUUCGUACAUCGCGCCAAGAUCGUCGUUGCAACCGCGUUAGAGGAUAUAGGAGAGGAUGACGCGCGAACGCGACUCUUCCUGUAUGUAGCUUCUUACGAAAUGCUUCGAACAACACCCUAACGUAGUAUGUAAUUAUUUCUCCGUUUUCCGCCGAUCUACUCUUAAACAGAAUGUAAUUCCGAGAAUUAUUAAGUGUUUCUAGGAAUCGAGAGCAAUAUACUUAUAGGGAGUUGUCUGAACACAUACACACACACGCGGUCGCGACACACCUUAUCCUCUGCAGCAGAAGACUGAGAAUUUGUUUUAACUCGUUUAUUUUUUUCUUUUUCUUUUUCCUCCUUUUUUUUUUUGUACAUAAGGAUAUAUAAGCGAGGGAAACACGACACGCAUAACGAUAUAAAAAAAAUAUAUAUAGAUAUAUAAAUGCGUGAAGAAAAAAAAAAACGUUUACUCUAUCUAUAUAUAUAUAUAUAUAUCUCACGAAGUCGUUUGACCGCCCAUGGAAGGACUUGGUGCGUCCACUGAACGAGUUUAUAGGCUUAAUCUGUGAUGAAGUGGAGCCAAGUGUAUCUUUUUCGUGGCCACUUGCUGUCCCCCACUUACUUAAAUACGAUAAGGAAAAUACAAUGUUUUACGCCGUCUUUCUUUUUAAAUAUACGUUACUUACACACAA